UGCCUGCUGGCGUCACGUGGUCAUUAUGAAGGUGCUGGUAAUGCUCCUCCUCUCUGCAGUAGCACCUGGGUGCAGAGGGAACUUCUCCUACAGCCAGCCACCCAAGCUGCUCCUGGUCUCCUUCGAUGGCUUCCGGGCCGACUACCUGCAGGACUACGAAUUCCCUCACCUCCAGAGUUUUAUCAAGGAUGGUGUCCUGGUAGAACAUGUGAAAAACGUCUUUAUCACAAAAACAUUCCCAAACCACUACAGCAUUGUAACGGGCUUGUACGAGGAAAGCCACGGCAUUGUGGCCAACUCCAUGUAUGACCAAGUCACGAAGAAACAUUUUUCUGAUGCUGAUGAUAAGGAUCCUUUCUGGUGGAACGAGGCGGUCCCUAUUUGGGUGACCAAUGAGCUGCAGGAAAACAGAUCGAGCGCUGCUGCCAUGUGGCCAGGGACUGACAUUCUCAUUCAUAACACCACGCCUUCCUACUUUAUGAACUAUAACCCCUCGGUGUCAUUUGAGGAGAGACUAAAUAAUAUCACCACCUGGCUCAGCUAUUCCAACCCACCAGUCACCUUUGCAACUCUCUAUUGGGAAGAACCAGAUGCAAGUGGCCACAAGUAUGGCCCUGAAGACAGAGACAACAUGCGCAGGGUUCUGAAUGAAAUAGAUGGCCUUAUUGGCAGUCUAGUUCAAAAGCUGAAGCUGGUAGGACUCUGGGAAAAUAUUAAUGUGAUCAUUACAAGCGAUCACGGGAUGAGCCAGUGUUCGGAGAAGAGACUGAUAAACCUGGAUCACUGCCUCAACCCCUCAAGCUACAGUCUCAUAGAUUUGAGCCCAGUGGCUGCAAUUCUUCCAAAAAUAAAUAAAACAGAAGUAUAUGACAGACUGAAAAACUGUAGUCCUCACAUGAAUGUUUAUCUCAAAGAAGACAUUCCCAACAGAUUUUAUUACCAACAUAAUGAUCGAAUCCAGCCUAUCAUCGUGGUUGCUGAUGAGGGCUGGAGAAUUGUGCUAAACAAAUCAUCAUCAAAAUUAGGGGACCACGGUUACGACAAUUCCCUGCCCAGCAUGCACCCAUUCCUGGCUGCCCACGGGCCUGCCUUCCACCGAGGCUACAAGCACGGCACCAUCGACAUGGUGGACAUCUACCCCAUGAUGUGCCACAUCCUGGGGCUGCCGCCGCGGCCCCACAAUGGGACCUUUGGCCGGACCAAGUGUCUGCUGGCCGACCAGUGGUGCAUCAACCUCCCGGAGGCCAUUGGGAUCGUGGUGGGUGCCCUCCUGGUGCUGACCACGCUGACCUGCCUCAUCGUGGUCAUGCAGAACAGGCUGUCGGCGCCGCACUCCUUCUCCCGGCUCCAGCUGCAGGAAGACGAUGAUGACCCGCUGAUUGGGUAAGGUGCUGGGCCUCCCUGUCUUUGACCAACCUCAAAACCACCGGUGCGUUCAAGGAGAGACAGCCCGCGCCUCGCACACUCGCACGACUUGGUUUUUCCUUGUGCUCGUACAAA